UCAGACCGCUAACUUCAUCACCGCCUUGCAAGAAUGCCAACCUUUGAUGAACUUCUCAGCCACGUGGGGGACUUUGGCCGGUACCAGCGGAGAAUUUCUGUGUUGGGAUGUCUGCCGCUGGUGCCCUUCGCGUUCGUGUUGGUCGGGGUCGUGUUUAUCGGGAACUCACCGGAGCAUUGGUGCCAAAUCGAUCGAGCGGAGCGCGUCCGGGCCAACUGUGGCUGGAGUACGGAGGAGCUGCGGGCGCGCGCAGCGCCCCGCGGGUCUCUCGGCCGGUGCCAGAAGUUUGAUGUGGACUGGAACGCGAGUGCUAUUAACUGCGAUAACAGCAACAACAAUGUCAGUCAACUCUCAGGUAGCUUUGGCGUCACACCUGGGCUUAAACCCUGCGACCACGACUGGGUGUUCGACUCCAAUCACACAACAGUUGUGACUGAGUUCUCUCUGGUAUGUGACAAGUCCUGGCUGGCUGAUCUCAACCAGGUGCUACUAGCGCUUGGCUUCUUUGUUGGAGCAGUAAUCACUGGAUAUCUUGCAGACAGGUUCGGCAGGAAGCCGUGUUUCGUCGUCUCCAUGUUGGGCUUGGGCCUGGCCGGAGUGGGCGUGGCCUUCUCCUCCGUCUACCCCGCGCUGCUGCUGUUCCGCUUCCUCCAGGGCUUCUUCGCCAGGGGAGCCUGGACAGCCAUAUUUGUCCUCGUCAUUGAAUUCUUUGGAUCAAGCAACAGGAAAUUUGUCUCUGUCUUGUCACGGACUACCUACUCCAUUGGCAUGGUGAUUCUACCAUGCUUGGCCUACUACAUCCACUCCUGGAGGACCCUGCAGCUCGUCAUGACCGUCCCCACCUUUAUGUUCCUGGCUUACUACUGGCUUCUACCAGAGUCUCCCCGGUGGCUGAUGUCACAGAGAAGAACCCAGGAAGCCAUGGCCAUCGUGGAGAGCAUUGCUAAGUACAACCGCACGUCUCUGCCCGAGAACGCCAGGGUGGUCGAGCCCCUCACAGAAAAGCAGGAGGAUCUGGAGCUCAACCGCCCCUCUCUUAUCGAUUUGUUCAGGACUCCGAACAUCCGGAGGAACACAUUUAUCCUUCUUUAUGCCUGGUUCACAAGCACGAUCGUGUUCCAGGGAUUGGUGCUGCGUCUGGGAAUUACGGGAGGCAACGUGUUCCUGGACUUCUUCAUCUCCGCUGUCGCCGAGCUUCCCUGCGGCCUGAUCUUCUACGUCACAGUGGACCGGAUCGGACGGCGCCCCCUAAUGGCCAUAUCAAACUUCAUCGGUGGCGUGUGUUGCCUGGUGGUCCCUUUCGUCCCGCCGGACUUGCUGUGGUUGAAGAAAACAGUGGCUAUACUUGGAAGGUUGUCUGUUGUCAUUGGUUUUGAGACAGUGAAUUUUGCCAACUCAGAACUGUACCCAACUUAUCUCAGAAAUCUGGGCGUGUCCGUGUGUUCGUCGGCCAGUGACAUAGGUGUGGUGGUGGCUCCGUUCCUCCUGUACAGGCUGGCUAGCAUCUGGCAAGAGCUUCCACUCUUCCUCUAUGGCACGAUGUCCGUGCUGUACAGUGCACUGGUGAUGCUUUUACCUGAGAUGAGGGGCGUCAACCUACUGGAGACCAUAGAUGACGUGGAGAAACUGAAAAGGACCAAUUGCUUCUGUAAGGACAAGAAGAAAUCAGGUGGCGUCAUCUAACUGCACCUUCUGCUACAUGUAAUAAGAGCCCAUCAUGAAAACCCUGUGAAUUCAGUCACAUCAUACAUGGACCCUUGAUCCACCAUCAAGCACAGAUGAAUUAUAAGUGGGCAGAGGUAGAAAACUUCAGCUUCAGUAAAAGUCCAAUCAUGUAUUGGAUCUACCUGUGCACUUAACCUGAGUGAUCUCAUCAAUUAGCUGCUCUGUCUGGCUGAAGAGUUGAGCUAAUUAGGAUCAGCUGGUUUAAGUGAAUGGUUGGGGCAGAUCAUGUGGAAGGACUUUUACUUUCUGAAGCUGGACUUUUUCCACCUCUGUAAGUUUGUAACUUUACAACCAUAGGUUUAGAGAUACAUACCAGUGUUUACCUCUUCUCUCGACUAAAAAUGAGCAUCCCACUUUAUCAUAAAGGUUACCGUGGUGAGUGCCUCAACCAUCAGCUGUAAUGCUUUUAAGGCCAGAGUGACUGUAUCCAGGCCCUUUUGUGAGGACGCAGCAGCAUUUCUAAAAAAUUACAUCUCCAUAAUCUUGGGUUGACAUAAAAAAAAAACUGUGCUAUUAUUUUCCUAUUUCAUAUAUGUAGGCUGCUUUUGAUUCUAUUCAUGUUUUUGAUUAAUUCAAUGCACUUAAAUUCAUCCAGCUGGAUGCCAAGAUAUUUACUGUAUGUUCAGAGACUGUCUUGGAGUAGUUUUCAUUGGUUAUUUGUACAAUUUAUCCUCAAUGUCACUGCAUCUGUAGCAGACCCACAAUAAAGGCAGCACAGUGUUUCUUAUUG